AUGCCCCACAAAUUCACUAUCCCUGGAAUGAAGCCCUAUGACGGCACAACCGAACCAGAUGAUCACAUAGCCUCGUACAAGCAGCAGAUAUUCACCGUCUCGAUACCCCAAACACUAAGGGAAGGCUGCAUGUGUAAGAGCUUUGGUUCAAGACUCUCUGGUCUGGCUCUUCAAUGGUACACUAACCUCCCGAACAGUUCAAUCAACUCAUUCACCGAGCUCAUCGACACCUUCGUUGAACAAUUCGCCAACAACAAGAAAUUUGAGAAACUAUUGGUCAACCUAUACAGAGUCUACCAAAAAAAGGGGGAGUCACUGAGAAAGUACGUCAGCAGAUUCAACAAAGAAAAAAUCUUCAUCCCCUCCUAUAACCCCGAGAUAGCCACAGACGCCUUUAGAAAGGGUCUCCUCCCGGAUGGUGAACUAUACAAAGAUCUGACGAACCUUGGUUGCACCACGAUGGAAGACGCCUUGGCUAGAGCGGUGAUUCAAAUAAGGUGGGAGGAAGAUGAGAUGAAUCAAACAAGUCAUGCUAGGUAUGACCCAAGGCGCAAUGAUAGAAGGUUAGAGCCCAGAUUAAUUGAACCCCGUUACCAACCCUCUCCACGCAAUCUGAACAAAGUCAGAAAAUCGUAUGACUGCCAGCCACUUAGAACUGACAACAGACCAACUAGGUCGAGCCGAUACAAAGUCCCAGAGUACAACCUCAACGUCGAACCAGCCUAG